CCACCUUGUUUAAUUAAUCUUUUUUUUUCUUACUUUCUUAUAAUACAAUGUCAGCAGUAAAGGCACCUCUCAACCCACUCGCAAUAGCAAAGUUGCUCGGUCCAUCAAACCCCACACUUGACCACCUCGUCCGGUUCCUGAACUCUGUUCGAGGCACCGACAAAGUGCUCAUGUUUAUUCAAUAUUGGUCCAAGGUACUCAUCUGGUGGCUCCAGUUCCGCUCUCCUGCCGUAAAAUCAGUAUCGGGCGCCCUGAGUCUGGUCAACCGCAUCCAGAACUUUGCUUCACCUGUCAGUGACUUUAGAAUCCUGUUGCGCUACUACGGUCUGUUGCCCUUGGUCCAGUAUAUGCACCACAUCGAAUACAACCCCCCAGCCAGCCCGGUGGCCUUGACAAUCGAACGUCUGCAGAACUGGUGCAACGUUAUCUACUACCCCCUCGAGCACAUCUACUGGCUCGGUGCCCACCAGGUCAUUCCAAUCUCCCAGCAAAAGACUGAUUUGAUUGGCAUGUGGAGCUGCAGAUUCUGGGCAGCCUAUGUCGUGCUCGAGUACGGCCGUCUUGCCGAUCAGUAUCUCGGCCUCAAGUCCCGCGAGACCAGUCUCUUGAAACGUGUCAAGGCUGGAGAUAUCGAACAGGACGAAGAUCCCGAAGCAGAGAUGGCCAGCAUCAAGGCCGAGAGAAACUCGAUGCUCAUCAAUGCCUGCAUCAACACUGGAUAUCUUCCUUUGACAGUUCACUGGUCAUUGGCAAAGUCAAGCUUCCCUGAUGUAUUGGUCGGUGUCUUUGGUGGUGCUGCCUCUAUCUUCCAAAUCUACUCUGCAUGGAAGGCUACUGCUUAAACUUGUCAGCGUUCUCCAUACUACAAAAAAAAAGAAGAAAAAAAGAAAUUAUAGGAUGGUGGUAGUAAUGGGAUGUAAAAAGAGUUUUAUUUUUUUUAUUUGUUUGUAUUUCUAUAAGUGUAUAAGUAUAUCAUAUCAUAUCAUAUCAAUAAAAUAAAGAAAGAAGAAGAAGAGGAAGAAGAAGUGUAAUAAUAC